AUUGUCGGGAAUUUUGCGAGUAGGAGUAUGUUUGGUGGUGUGUAUUAUAACAAUAACCUGCAAUGUGAAAAUACUCAUGACAGUUUCAUCUUUUGCUUUGGAGAUGAAAAUGGUUCUGAUACUCAAAUACUUAGUCGUGUG